CAACCAUCAUCUUGCUCCAAUAGAUAGAAUGGACAACAGGGCCGACCCCCAGCCUAUUCGCAGGCUCGACGAGAGUCUCAUCAACCGCAUUGCUGCAGGAGAGAUCAUCCAUAGACCAGCGUCGGCGCUGAAGGAGCUUCUCGAGAACUCGCUUGACGCAGGCGCUACGUCAAUACGCGUGACGGUGAAGGAUGGGGGCAUGAAGCUGCUGCAGAUACAGGAUAACGGAUGUGGUAUUCGAAUAACUGACCUUCCUAUCCUUGCGGAGCGCUUCACAACGUCGAAGCUAUCUUCGUACUCGGACCUAUCGCGCAUACAGACAUAUGGCUUCAGAGGAGAAGCCCUUGCGUCCAUGUCCCAUGUAUCCCACCUUUCCGUAGUCUCAAAGACGAAGACGGACAAUUGUGCUUGGAAAGCUCACUAUGCAGACGGAAACCUCAUACCCGCCAAACCCGGCCAGACGGCUGAACCCAAGCCUUGCGCGGGCAACAAUGGCACCACAAUCACGAUAGAGGACCUUUUUUACAACACGCCUACGCGCUUGUCUGCCCUUCGGUCCGCAUCAGAAGAAUACGCUCGCAUCCUAGACGUCAUGACGAAGUACGCCGUACACAACCCCUCCGUCUCAUUCGUCUGCAAGAAGGCAGGCUCCCCGUCCCCUGACCUCUCCACACCUGCAUCCGCCGCCUCUCCCGCAGGGACGCAGGCUAUCAUCCGCAUGACCUACGGUAGCAGCAUCGUUAAGGAACUCAUUCACUACUACUACUCUUCCGGUGGCGAUUCCAGUGAUGCACAGGGCGAACAGAAGGAGAACGAAGACGACGACAUGGACACGGAGGACGAUGUGUCCCCGAAGGAUUGGAGCUUCGACGCGCACUUCACCAACCCAAAUUAUCAUGCGAAGAAGAUGGUUUUCUUGCUCUUCAUCAAUCAUCGCCUAGUCGAGUCCUCCCGCUUGAAACGGGCCAUCGAAGGCGUAUAUGCGACCAUACUACCGAAGGGCGCCUCGCCGUUCGUCUACCUCAGCAUACAGCUCCACCCCUCCACUGUCGACGUGAACGUGCACCCGACAAAGCGUGAAGUACAAUUCUUGAACGAAGAAGAGAUCUUUGCGACCAUUGCGGACAGCGUUCAGGAGAAGCUUGGACAGCAGGGCGGCUCGUCGCGCACGUUCCAGGUUCAAACGCUUCUCACUGGUGGCAUUCAAGAAAGCGGGAGCGUCCCAGCAAAGCGUAAAGCCCAAGAUAAGGCUGCUUCAGACGACGAAGAUGAAGGCGGUAGCGGCGAGGCGACUCCCAUACCCCCGCGAACCACAAAACCCAUCCCCUCGCACUUCAAAGUCCGCACGUCGGCCGCCGAUCGAACGCUGGACUCGAUGUUUCCGGUGGUGAACCCAAGUUUACGAACACAACUACCGGCCGAUACUCAGCCCUUAGCGACGGCGGCGGGUACACAGCUUACGGAGUACAAGCGAACGAUUCGGGAGUCGCAGUGCAGGCUGAAGUCAGUGCAGACAAUGCGGAAGGAGAUUGAAGCGGCGCGGCACCAACAACUGACCGAAAUCAUCGAGAAGCACAUCUUCGUCGGAAUCGUCGACCUGACAAAGACGCUCUCCUUACUGCAACAUUCGACGCGCUUGUAUUUGGUCAACCAUUGCUCGCUUGCCGAAGAACUCUUCUACCAGCUCGGUGUCCGCCAGUUCGGUGACCUCAGUCGUAUGAAGCUCUCCCCGCCGCCUUCCUUGCGGACUUUGGUGAAGCUCGGCAUCAGCGCGGAGGACAUUGAGGGGCAAACGACGUUGAAGCGGGAGGAUAUCGUCGAGAAAAUCGUCGAAAUCCUCGUCGCACGACGCGAUAUGCUCUCCGACUACUUUUCCAUGGACAUUACGGAGGACGGGAACUUGGAAAGUCUACCGCUCUUGCUGCGAGACUAUACCCCCAACCUCGACAAGUUGCCGAACUUCGUUAUGCGACUGGGGCCUCAGGUCGAUUGGACAUCCGAACAAGGCUGCUUCGAAAGCUUCCUGCGCGAGCUCGCCUAUUUCUACGUCCCCGGGCCCGGUCCGUUCGCCCCACUCGGCGAUGCAUUCCAACCCGGCGUAGACGCAGAGAAAGCAGUGACCGGGGCAGACGAAGAAAAGACGGAGCGAUGGCAGAUCGAGCACGUCCUGUUCGCCGCAAUGCGCAAGUACCUGGUGCCACCGAAGGCAUUGCUGGAGCGGGAUGUGGUGCAGGUGGCGGAUUUGCCGGACUUGUAUAAGAUAUUCGAGAGGUGUUGAGAUGGAUGUGCGCAAUACCAUUAGGUGUAUCCCAUGCUUGACCUUAUAGACACUGCAACCGCGCUGGUUAUCCUUGAACGUGUGAACGGAGCGUUACCCGCCUUGCCAAGGAAGUACACAACGAGCC